GCGGCGGCGGCGGCUCCUCUUUGCAGAGGGGGAAAACUCCGAGGGAUAAGAGCAGGAAUAAUGCGGUAGGCAAGGCGGGCUGCUCGCUCCCGGCUCCCGGCUCCGGCAGCAGCGGCGGCAGCCCGAGCAGCGGCAGCAGCGGCGGCAGCACCCCCAGCAGCUGACAGCCCCGCCGGCAGGCUCCCUCGCUGACCGCCGACUGUCAAUGGAGCUGGAAAACAUCGUGGCCAACACGGUCUUGCUGAAAGCCAGGGAAGGGGGUGGAGGAAAGCGCAAGGGGAAAAGCAAGAAGUGGAAGGAAAUCCUGAAGUUUCCUCACAUUAGCCAGUGCGAAGACCUCCGAAGGACCAUAGACAGAGAUUACUGCAGUUUAUGUGACAAGCAGCCAAUUGGGAGACUGCUUUUCCGGCAGUUCUGCGAAACCAGACCUGGGCUGGAGUGUUACAUUCAGUUCCUGGACUCAGUGGCAGAAUAUGAAGUUACUCCAGAUGAAAAACUGGGGGAAAAAGGGAAGGAAGUUAUGACCAAGUACCUCACUCCAAAGUCCCCAGUUUUCAUUGCCCAGGUUGGCCGGGACCUGGUCUCCCAGACAGAGGAGAAGCUCCUACAGAGGCCCUCCAAGGAACUCUUCUCUGCCUGCGCACAGUCUGUCCACGACUACCUGAAGGGGGAGCCCUUCCAUGAGUAUCUGGACAGCAUGUACUUUGAUCGCUUUCUGCAGUGGAAGUGGUUGGAAAGGCAACCGGUAACCAAAAACACCUUCAGGCAGUACCGAGUACUAGGCAAAGGGGGCUUUGGGGAGGUCUGUGCCUGCCAGGUUCGGGCCACGGGGAAAAUGUAUGCCUGCAAGCGCUUGGAGAAGAAGAGGAUCAAGAAAAGGAAAGGGGAGUCCAUGGCGCUCAACGAGAAGCAGAUCCUAGAGAAGGUCAACAGCCGCUUCGUGGUCAACCUGGCCUAUGCCUACGAGACCAAGGACGCGCUGUGCUUGGUCCUGACCAUCAUGAACGGGGGUGACCUCAAGUUCCACAUCUACAACAUGGGUAACCCUGGCUUCGAGGAGGAGCGGGCCUUGUUUUACGCGGCAGAGAUCCUCUGUGGCUUGGAAGACCUCCACCGGGAGAACACGGUGUACAGAGAUUUGAAACCUGAAAAUAUCCUGCUCGAUGAUUAUGGCCACAUCCGGAUCUCGGACCUGGGUCUGGCUGUGAAGAUCCCUGAGGGAGACCUGAUCCGUGGCCGCGUGGGCACCGUCGGCUACAUGGCUCCAGAGGUCCUGAACAACCGGAGAUACGGCCUGAGCCCUGACUACUGGGGUCUGGGCUGCCUCAUCUACGAGAUGAUCGAGGGCCAGUCACCAUUCCGGGGCCGCAAAGAGAAGGUGAAGCGGGAGGAAGUGGACCGCCGGGUCCUGGAGACAGAGGAGGUGUACUCCCAAAAGUUCUCGGAGGAGGCCAAGUCCAUCUGCAAAAUGCUGCUCACCAAGGAUGCAAAGCAGAGAUUGGGCUGCCAGGAGGAGGGGGCUUCGGAGGUCAAGAGACACCCCUUCUUCAGGAACAUGAAUUUCAAGCGCUUAGAAGCCGGGAUGUUGGACCCUCCCUUCAUCCCAGACCCCCGCGCCGUGUACUGCAAGGACGUGCUGGACAUCGAGCAGUUCUCCACCGUGAAAGGCGUCAACCUGGACCACACGGACGAUGACUUCUACUCCAAGUUCUCCACGGGCUCCGUGCCCAUCCCAUGGCAGAGCGAGAUGAUAGAAACUGAGUGCUUUAAGGAGUUGAACGUGUUCGGACCCAACGGUACCCUCUCAGCGGACCUGAACAGAAGCCACCCUCCAGAGCCGCCGAAGAAAGGGCUGCUCCAGAGAAUCUUCAAGCGUCAGCAUCAAAACAAUUCCAAGAGUUCACCCAAUCCCAAGACCAGUUUUAACCACCACAUAAAUUCAAACCAUGUCAGUUCAAACUCCACCGGAAGCAGCUAGUUGGAGCUCUGGCCUUGAAGUCCACGAUGGGACCAGCCUAGACCCUUGUCCUUAGAAGCAGAACUGGUGGACGGGGGGAGCUCUCCAGGAGCCGGGGAAGGAGGCCGCCCACCUCCUCGACGCAGAGCCUCCAGGUUUCUCAAAGAGAUUUCCACUCAGGUCUGUCUCCAGAGGUGGCCCUCAAGCCGACGUGGAACAUUGCAAUAGAAAUCCAGCCGGAUACGACAACUUGCACGUAGUUCGAUAGCGUCAUACCUAGAACUGAAUUUUGUCUUUAUUAUUUUUAAAGAAAAGUUUUGUAAAUUUCUCUAUCGUCUCAGUUUACAUUUUGUAUAUUUGUAUUUAAAUGAAAGUCAGACUCGGAGGGUGUAUAUUUUCUGUGCAGCCACUGUUAAGCCAUGUGUUUUAAGACAUUUUAGAGUGGGCAGGGUGGGGGGCGGGGAGGGGUUACCAAAAAAAAAAUGUGACUCAAGACUUCCAGAGCCUCAAAUGAGAAAAUGUUUUUAUUAAAUGUAGAAAAUGAUGCACAUUCCACCUUUAAA